AUGCUCAGAAACACCAUACGUACAUUCAAACAAACGAGAACGGUAUCAUCACGUCGGUUAUUUGCCACAGCAACCACUCCAGCACCGACUUACCAAACUUCAAUUUUACCAAAUGGGUUGACAGUGGCAAGCGAAGCCAUGCCCGGUACAAAGACAGCUACUGUGGGAGUGUGGAUCAACGCUGGAUCCAGAGCAGAUAACCCUAAAUCCAGCGGUACUGCUCAUUUUUUGGAACAUUUGGCUUUCAAGGGAACUAAUCGCAGAACUCAGCUAAACUUGGAGUUGGAAAUUGAGAAUUUGGGUUCGCAAAUUAAUGCUUACACGUCGAGGGAAAACACUGUUUAUUACACCAAGUGCCUAGCGGAGGACUUGAGUCAAAACGUUGAUAUUUUGAGUGACUUGUUGACUAAAUCAAAAUUGGAAGAAAGAGCUAUUGAGAAUGAAAGAUAUGUCAUUUUGCAAGAGAGUGACGAAGUUGACAAGAUGUAUGACGAGGUAGUCUUUGAUCAUUUGCACGCUGUGGCCUUCAAGAAUCAAGACUUGGGAAGAACUAUUUUGGGCCCAAGAGAUUUGAUCAAGACGAUAAGUAGACAGGACUUGAAAAACUACAUCACUACUAAUUACAAAGGUGAUAGAAUGGCUUUAAUUGGGGUUGGUUGUGUUGAACAUGAGGAGCUCGUCAAGUUGGGAGAAAAGUAUUUCAGCAACAUCCGCAAGAGCGACAAACCGUUUAAGCAAAGUGGUGACGAUUUGCCCAUUUUCUAUGGAGAAGAAAUCAGGGUUCAAGACAAUGCAAUGCCAACAACUCAUGUCGCACUAGCUGUGGAAGGAGUAAGCUGGUCAGCUCCAGACUUCUUUGUUGCUUCCGUGGCAAAUGGUAUUAUAGGGACAUGGGACAGGUCAAUAGGAGUUGGCUCAAAUUCACCAUCACCAUUGGCCAUCACUGCGGCAACGGGAGGUCCCAACAAGACACCAAUUGCCAACUCUUAUAUGGCUUACACUACGUCCUAUGCGGAUACUGGGUUACUUGGUGUCUAUUUCACAGCUGAUAGCACUGCAAAUUUGAAAGUUUUAGUUGAAGCUAUCCAAAAGGAAUGGGGGAGAUUGUGUUUGGGACACAUAACUGAUGAGGAAGUGGAAAGAUCCAAAUCACAACUUAAAGCUUCAUUAUUGCUCGCUUUGGAUGAUUCUACGGCGAUUGCUGAAGAUAUCGGAAGACAGGUUGUGAACACGGGAUUCAGAUUAUCACCCGAAGAAGUGUUUUCAAGAGUUGAAUCGAUAAGUAAAGAUGACGUUGUCAAUUGGGCAAACUACAGACUAAGGAACAAGCCAGUUGCUUUGGCAGCUGUGGGUAAUGUCGAAACUUUGCCAAAACUUGCAGAGAUACAUAAAGGAAUGGAUUUUAAAUAG